AUGGGGGAUUGGAACUUGCUGGGAGGCAUCUUAGAGGAGGUCCACAUACACUCCACCAUCGUGGGGAAGAUCUGGCUCACCAUCCUCUUCAUCUUCCGGAUGCUCGUGCUAGGGGUAGCCGCCGAAGACGUGUGGGACGAUGAGCAGAGCGAGUUUGUUUGCAACACCGAGCAGCCCGGGUGCCAGAACGUGUGCUAUGACCAGGCGUUCCCCAUAUCCAUGAUCAGAUACUGGGUUCUCCAGAUCAUCUUUGUAUCCUCGCCCUCUCUGGUGUACAUGGGGCACGCCCUAUAUCGUCUGCGGACCCUGGACAAGGAGCGCCACAAGAGGAAGGCCAUCCUGAAGCUGGAGCUGGGGAUGACGGAGGGGCUCACUGAGGAGCACAAGCAGGUGGAGAGAGAGCUGAAGAAACUGGAGGAGCAGAAGAAGGUGAGGAAAGCGCCACUCCGAGGCUCCUUGCUGCGCACAUACGUCUUUCAUAUCUUGACCAGGUCGGUUGUGGAGGUCGGGUUCAUUGUGGGCCAGUAUGCCCUUUACGGAAUCGGCUUGGACCCUCUAUACAAGUGCGAGAGGUUACCGUGUCCGAAUAUUGUGGACUGCUUUGUGUCAAGGCCGACCGAGAAGACCAUUUUCAUGAUUUUCAUGUUGGUCAUCGCAGGUGUUUCCCUGUGCCUCAACCUGCUGGAGAUAUCCCACCUGGGAGUGAAGAAGAUCAAACAAGGCAUCUAUGGUGGUAAGGCUCUAGACGACGACAGCAUACUGUGCAGGUCCAAGAAGAACUCCAUGGUGCAGCAGGUAUGUGUCCUGACCAACGCCUCUCCCCAGAAACUGAUGCAUCUCACCCAGCCAACUUGCGCAAUGGUGCCAGAUGACCAAGGCAGUGACCCUCAGCCCAGUGGACCUUCUCAAACCAAUCAGGAAGUGAACAACAACGACGUGACCAACAGCUCGGACCAAAACAGACAAAACCGCUGGCCCAGUAGUAGCCAGGCCGAACCACCGCCUCCCACCACCACCACCAACCAGCGGCAACUGGGUGCUGUGGAGCGACGUCUCACGAUUGAAACCAGACAGGCGUCGUGCAGCAGUGAAGAUUCCAAUGGAGGAGCGAAAGGGGCAGCAGCAGCAGCAGCACCUCCCAGAAGCUUGAAUGCGCAGCAGGUCAGGGCCAUGCGCAAGCAGAGCAGGGUCAGCAUCUGCAACCAGCUGAGUGAGGAGCUGAGCGACUCGCCGGACAGCGGGAACUACCCCACUGCCAGGAAGGCCAGCUUCAUGUCACGGGGCAUGCCCGAGAGCCCCUCGGACACCGGUGACUCCAACACCGGCUCCGACGCCGAGGGCAACCGCAUCGAAGAAGAAGAGGAGAGCCCGGCGGCCUCGCCACCUCCAGCCAGUGGAAGGAGGAUGUCAAUGGGUAUGAUUCUGGAGCUCUCGUCAAUCAUGAAGAAAUGAGCUUGGACAGAAGUGGCAGAUGUCAGUGAAGAUUGUCUUUCAUCCAAUCAUGUUAU